ACUUUAGAUUAAGCUAUCUGGAUUUGAGCCUCGGGCAGGGUUAAUGUGUUGUACAGGAUAACUCCAAGCUAGUACUUCAUUCAACAGAAACUGGCAGAAAAAUCUUCCAGCUGUGUGCUGUGCCAUUAGACAGAACUGUCUUUGUACCAUGUGUAACAAGCAUACCACCACAAUUUAAGUACUAAUUUCUAUAAAUACUAAUGUCGAAGCAAAAGCGUUUGAGAAAAUAAUUAUUCAUUAACCCACCUCAUUGAAGGUCAUUGGCAAUUCUGAGGGGUGGUGGGUUUCAAAUGCUAAUUAAAAAUAUUUAAUAUUUAAUUUGAAUGCCAAAGUAUGGAGAUGAACUUGAAUUUCCAGAAGGGUGAAAGAAUUAAUUUAAAACCAAGAAACCCUUUGUGAUCGGGGGUGUGGAACAUCAACCAUUUACACGUAAAGGUUUGGAAAGACAUGCCCCUACCAUGUUGCGCUAUUUGAGAAAAAAAUCUUCUCGACUCCACCUCAGUGAGAGUUUUAUAGGCACUGUGAUGUAAAAUAUUAAACUAUGCAGCCUCCCUCUCCCCUCCCCUCCACAGACCCCUGGCAUUUGCUAACAAUUUUGCAACAAGUUGUUCUUUAGUUCAGAACAAAUUCAUAUUUUGUUUAAAAGCAAUACAUAUAAAUGCCUUGUUUAGGGUCACAAGCAUCCCAUCAGGAAAACAAGAGUGCUGUGCCAUUAGAGGAGGCAAGUCAAACCAAAGUUUGCUCGAAGGAAGAGGUUGACGAAGCUGUCGAGAGCUGGAACAAUGGCUGUAAAAGCCGUCCAAAAACUCGCCGGCUUGCAGACCCAGUUCUUCCCAUAGAAGGAGAAAAGAACAUUCUGAUCACCAGCGCCUUGCCCUAUGUGAAUAAUGUGCCUCAUUUGGGAAACAUCAUUGGCUGUGUCCUCAGUGCUGACGUAUUUGCCAGGUUUUGCCGGCUUCGUCAGUAUAACACGCUAUACAUUUGUGGGACAGAUGAAUACGGCACAGCUACUGAAACUAAGGCAUUAGAAGAAGGCUUAACACCCCAGCAGAUCUGUGACAAGUAUUUUAAACUUCACAAGGAAGUUUACGAAUGGUUUGAGAUUAAGUUUGAUUACUUUGGAAGGACGACCACUGAAGAACAAACCGAAAUCGCUCAGGACAUUUUCUGGCGUCUUCACAAGCGAGAUCAUUUGGUGGAGGAUACUCUAGAGCAACUUCAAUGCGUGGACUGUAAAAGAUUUCUCGCUGACCGUUUUGUGGAAGGCACUUGUCCUUUCUGCAACUUUGAGGAUGCCAGAGGAGAUCAGUGCGAUGCGUGUGGAAAGCUUAUAAACGCCAUUGAACUGAAGAAGCCAAGAUGUAAAGUUUGCGGAGGAACACCAAAAGUUAGAAGUAGCAAGCACUUAUUCUUGAAUUUGACCAAGCUUGAACCGUCUCUCCGACAGUGGGUUGAGAAGUCGUCUUCGGAAGGUACGUGGACCUCAAACGCGCGCCAUAUUACCCGAGGAUGGAUCCAAGAGGGCCUCAGACCACGGUGUAUCACACGUGACUUGAAAUGGGGCACCCCGGUCCCUUUGGAGGGAUACACGGACAAGGUCUUUUACGUGUGGUUUGACGCACCUAUUGGGUACCUUUCUAUCACUGCUAACUACACCAAAGAGUGGGAGAAAUGGUGGAAAAACCCUCAACAAGUCACUCUUUAUCAGUUCAUGGCAAAGGAUAACGUUCCCUUCCACACUGUCGUGUUCCCUUGCACUCUUAUUGGCGCCGAUGACAAUUACAGUCUUCUAAAUUCCAUCAGUGCCACAGAAUACCUGAAUUAUGAAGACGACAAAUUUUCUAAGAGUCGUGGGGUGGGGGUGUUUGGUAACGAUGCUGCCAACACGGGUAUUCCAGCAGACAUCUGGAGAUUCUACCUACUCUACGUUAGACCCGAGAACCAAGACAGCGCAUUUAGUUGGUCAGAUUUCAUUCAGAAGAAUAACACUGAACUUCUCAACAACUUUGGCAAUUUCAUCAAUCGAGCUUUGAUGUUUGUGCACAACAACUUUGGCGGCGCAGUACCAGCCAUGGAUUUAACUGAGGAAGACAAGAAUUUCAUAGCGCUCAUCAAUAAGGAGCUAAAAACAUACAUUGACGAUCUUGAGAAAAUGAGGCUCCGUGAAGGUUUAAAAGGCGUGUUAAACAUGUCUAAGUUUGGUAACCAGUACAUUCAGUCCAACCAGCCCUGGGUUCUAGUCAAGGGAAGCGAAUCAGACAGAUCACGCGCAGGUACAGUACUAGGUGUGGCGACGAACCUGUCCUGGUUACUUUCCGUUCUCAUUCACCCUUACAUGCCUGGCGUCAGUGAAGAAAUUCAACGCCAGUUGCAGGUUACGGACGAAGGAAAUGUAGUCUUGGAUAACUUCGUUCCUUAUCUACAACCUGGUCACAAAAUCGGAACGCCUAGUCCGCUGUUCCAAAAGAUCGAUGCCUCCGUUGCGGAUCAGUUGCGCGCAAAGUAUGGCGGGAACAAACCGAAGCAACAACCUGAAGGCGACAAAUCGACCAACGCUGUUACCGAAAAUACCGCUGACACUGACGUGGCGGUUUUGCAAGCGGAGAUUACUAAACAGGGUGACAAGGUUCGUCAGCUGAAAGCGGAAAAAGCUGAAAAGGAAAAAGUAGAAGCCGAGGUGGCCAUUCUUCUGGCGCUGAAGAAAAAACUGGCUGUCGCUGAGGGAAAAGAUCCAAACGAACAGGAUGCCACUUCCAAGGGAAAGAAGAAAGGAAAAAAGAAGUAAACUAUGCUCUACAACCGAAGAAAUUACUUGCCUUUUCCUUGCACGCCUUUCAGCUUCUCAGGUUUUAAAGCAGAUGAAAUGUUUCGUCUAACGACAGGGGGAAUGUAACUGAACAUUUUUCGAAUACGCCAUUUUCAAUAAAUUAUCAUGACGCAGUUUUGAGUUAGGAUUGUUCCGGAGAUUUUCCGGAUAAACAACGAACAUUCCCGAACGGACGAUUGUUCUCAGACCUUCCGAUUGCUGGUAUGGGCGAAUUUUUCACGGUGGAAGGACGGGGGAAAUUUUCCAGCUAAAACUUGAUGUUGAUGUUGUCCUAUUCAUACGUCUCAGAAUUCCAUCAAUAUUGACUGAAUUAGCUAUACCGAGAGCCAACGCUGAUCAUUAGAUUGUUAUCCAAUUGAAAAUUAAUGAAUUAUACGUUCUCCAUGCGUAACAGUGUCACCUGUUUUCUUGCUGUGCAAUAAAACUGAGUAGUUGAAAGAGAGUUGAAACCAGGAGUAUCAGUGGUUUGUUAAACUGAUCUCCCUGAUGAAAGUAAAUAAAUAUUAAAAUGUGCUUGUUAAACCAA